GUUGUUUAGAGCCAUUAUUGAAUAAUGGCGGGAGGCGUGGAGAGUUUCAACAAUCGAGCAUUAUGGCAGUUCAUCAGUGGAGCAGGCGUGCAGCGGCCAAAGGAGCUGAUUGCAAUAGAAUUGAAGAAAAACAAGACAAAGGUUUUAGAAGGCCUUACCUUCUAUAGAAAACAAACGAGCCCCACAGGAGAACAGCUGAAGAAGGAGAGGAAGGUGUCGGAGGCUCGACUCGAGUUCACACAGAAACUCAGCCGCUUCCUGGGCCUGGAUGAGGUUCAGAGCUAUGACCUCCUCAUUUCCUUCCUUGCCAACGACUUCCGCGGCUCCAAGAAAAACCUGCAGCAAGUAUUUGGUCAUGAGCGCCACGCCCAGGCGCUGAUCAUGAAGAUCCGAGACUACUACUUCACGGAGAGGCUGUACCUUCUGAAGUGUCUCCACCAGGUCCUCAACUUCUGGCCCGACACACAACACCCGUACAAGGAGGCGUACAGCCAGUUCCUGAAUGACCUGCUGGACAACUACCAGCUCACAGAGAAGCUGUUGUCUCAGUUCUCCGAUGUGUGUAAAGCUCAGAUGCCGACCUGGGAGACUCACGGACCCCUGAUGACGGACCAUCAAUCUCAGGCAUGGGUACACCAGAAUCUGAAAGAACAGUGUGAACUGCUUGAGCUGCUGCUACUUUACUUCAAAGACUUUGAGACGAAUGAAAAAGGUUUUGUGGAUCUCCUGGAGAAAUUCAAGGGUCAUGGGUUCGGGUACCUGCAGAGCUACAAACAUGCACUGGGGAAAGCUGAUGAGAAAAUAGUCAAAAGAAUAGGAUACCUGGAGAUGCUCAUCCUGCUGGACCUCAUGGACUUCACCACCGCCGCCAAGUGUCGGGAGGACAACAACUUUGAUGAGCACCUUCUCCUCAGUAAGAAAGACACUUUUAACAAAGUCAACAAGAUAUUUGAGCAUCUGGGUUGCGAGCGGCAGGUGGCGCCACUGUUGUUAGGAUGGGCCGUUCUCCGCCAGUUGUAUGUUGACGAAGAUGAAGGCGCCAUGGCAACCAGGAAGUUGGGCAACAUGGCGUUGCAGUUGGGUGUGUUUGACUAUACACUCGACCUACUGAAAGUGGAGCCGUUCAAUGGCAGCAUGAUUAUCGCCUCCUUCGCGCGUCUCAUCGUCUACUCCCUGAUGUUUGUCACGCUCAGUUUGUUUGAUGAGGAGACACUGGGGAACCCUGAGGCGCUGUAUGAGGUUGCUGCCUUGGUGCUGAAAGCGGACUUCAACGCGGAAUACAUGUGGCAGAAGGGUCUGGAGGAGGGCCUUGGGUGUCUGUACAGUUCCGCCAUUGCCUGCUUCCCACUUGACUUCCCCAAGCUGAUGAAGCUCAACACAUCUUUGUCAUCAGCAGGCCCAGACAGUGCCAAGAGGGUGAAAAUGUCGAUGCAGGAGUUGAAGCUGUACACAGAGUACUUCGACACCAACAGCUCUCAGGAUAUCAUACCCACACAACAGAGCUCUCUCUUCAAACUGGCCAGGCCUAAACUCCCCUACAUCGCUGGGGACCUGGUCAUACCGAGAGGCACGCUGGGACAACUCUCCGGCAUCAAUGCUCAGGCAGCGAAGCGGAGCAGCCCCGUCAUCCAGUGGGAGCUGGUGUACAACGGCUGGCAGCUCAUGAUGUGCGAGGUGCAGGAGCUGCUGCACCAGAUAGCCCAGGGUGGAGGAAUGGUGUCUCCGCUGCAGAUAUCCAGGGUGACACAGGUCAUGCAGCUCGUGCGCCAGGUCAUGACCUCUGACCCUGACUCUGUGGAAGAGUUCAGUGAGAUCGUGAGUCUAGGAUUCCAAGUCAUUCAAAGAUUCAGUGCUGUGUCCCCUCCUCCCCUGGACCUCCUGGCACACACCCUGGAGUGCAUCACGUGCAGUGUGAAACACAACGCCAAGCAGAUAUGGCACAACAUGAAACUUACAGGGUUACUUCCCUUCCUCACAGAGAACGUAGAUAACCUUGGCGAGGUGUUGAGUGGGCGUGGUCUCAGUUCGGGACUGUAUGGGACCAUCUUAGCCAGCACAGAAGCCACCCAGGGCAGAUACCCCCUGACCCUCGCAGUCCUCGGCUUCCUUACAGAGUUGAUUGAGCCACUGUCGAAGGCGGAGAGAGAGGAGGAGCUUCAGCCAGUGAUGAUGUACGUCCUGCGAGAAAUCUUCCCCGUGUAUCAUAAAUGGAGAUACUACGACAUCACCAGGAGGGAGACUAUAGGCCACAAGUGCUUGCAGGUGUUCCAUAAGAUCCUCAACCUGAUGACAUUGCACAAGAAGAAAUCCAAAAGUAAAAGGCCUCGACUGCAGGAGGUGUGUGUGUACAGUCUUCUGUUUACUGAGGCUGGACGGGCUCUUCUGGACAUCCUCGCCACUGGUGUAGACAGUGUUGAGCAGGCCGUCGCAUCUCAGGGGAGCAAUGCCGAAGGAGUCGGCAUAGACCUCAUCCAACUCAUCCAACUUUCGUUCUCCGUCCUCAACCGCCUUCUCCUACUGAGGUCGCCUGACCUCCCCGUGUCACCGACUGAGCACGCCCUCUCGUCGCAGCCGGCGGGGCAUCAGCAUCAGCACAUCGUGGCCACCAUCGCCCAGUACAUCUACCACCGCCACGACCCUCGGCUCCCUACCCUGGCUGCAGUGCUGCUCAAGAGACUGGCGCUGGUGUCUCCGAUGUCUAUCCUGGCCUGCCUUGGCAAUGAUGCGGAGCCAAUCCGAGACAUGUUCCUCACCAGACUGCAGGCCCUGUCGGAGGAUCUACGGCUGAAGGUGAUGAUCCUGGAGCUGCUGUCUGAGUGUGUGGAGACUCAGCCGGGACUCAUCGAGGUCUUCCUCAACGUGCAGAUGGUGGACUCCUCCGAUGGCAAACGGCAUGACCUGAGUUUGGGGAAGAGCUCCUGUCUGCAGACCGUCCUUGGACUCAUGGACAUCAAGAAACAGAGUAGCUACCAGUGUCCCCCAGACUUGCUGUGUGCGUCCGCUGACUUCAUCCACUCCUUGUGGCGCGGACUCCGGGAGACGGCCAUGGAGGUGCUCCGCACUAAGGACGCCUUCUGGCCGAGCGUGUUUGCUCCACUGACACGGAACCUGCCAGACCCGGCCUCCGACCUGAAUGAUCAACACUCCCUCAAGUUUGAGAUGAAAACUGUGGCAUUUGUCUUCAAGAUCCUGGCCCAGGAACUCUACAUAAUCCACAGCUCCAAGCUGGAUGACAAGCUGAAGAAGUCGCUGCAGAUGAUCUCCAAGGACAAACGACUCAACACCUGGACUGAGUUCUUGAGACGCUGUCUGGUGGCAGAGGGGGAGAACGCUGAAGUUGGGAGUGAUGAAGAGCUGAAGGAGAAUGCAACACUACAGCUCCUGUUGGCCUGGAAGAACUUCCUCGUUACAUCAUCUAAGUUCAAGGUGGAUGAUCUGACGCUGCCCGAGAAGAUGAAGGAGAAGAUCAUCACAGAUCUGCUCUGCGGGAUACAGGCCCAGUUUAAAGGAAGUCUUACGGCUCUGAACAUGAAGCUAGCAUCAGUAGCCAGCGCUCUGCUCUUCACACUAGUCAAACACUGGACAAGUUGCAUCAGCAAGCCCUCCGCCAUGAUGGUGACAUUGCGGGAGGCUGUCGGGGAGACAUGUGCCAACAGCGAGACCCUCAUCCCCUCCGUACAGAUCGGCCUCCUGGGAUGUCUCACCAUACUUCUACAGCACAGCAGGCAGGAGAACACUGUCGCUCUGGACACUGACAAGUUGACGGACCUGCUGCCCAACGUCUGCUCGGUGCUGAUCCAGAGUUCCCGCCAGCUCCCGGGGCCCAGGGGGAUGCGGGACCCAGGCAGCACCCAGCCGCCGACCGGGGAGACGAGGGACGUAGGGAGCAUGCAGUUGACACAGGGGGAGGCCAGGGAUACAGGCAGUAAAGAGGGGGAGACUGUAGAUGCUAAACUCAAACUUCAGAUUGUCACCUGUAGUCUGCUGGAGGAACUGAUCGAGGUGAUCGGGGACGACCAGGUGUGGAUGCCCAUCCUGCAGCAGCACUCCAUCCUGCAGACUCUGCUCAUCUCGGUGGAGUCCUUCAUGAAGGCCAAGCGAGGACUGCCGUAUGUGCAUGCUGUGUUCCUGCUGCUGCUCAGCGUGGCGCGGUCAGAAAGGGGGUCAGCGGCCCUGUCCCUGGCGGACCUGACCCCCCACACCUGUCUGGUGGUCACCAACUGCUACACCAACGAGGACAUCUACUCCAGGCCAGCCGUGCCCCUCAAGUCUGGCAGUUUCUUCGUGCCCAUGGUCCAGUCGUGGCACAACGUGUACUGCCUGUGCAUGGAGGUGUACUCCACAGUGCUGGCCGCACUCCGACACUCCUUCCUGGAGGACGCUCUCAGCUUCGCCGGGGCACAUCAGGACAGGAUAACACAGUCGAUGGAGAUCGCCCGCAUCAGCCUCCUGGACACGGCACUCAGGGAGGCGGAGUCGUCAUGUGACUUCAUCUGUCAGCUGUCCGCCUUCAGCCGGGAGUGGCGCCUACAUCUGCCGGACGUGCUCGACAAGUUCCUGACCUCCAUGGUGUACAUGAACCAGACCUUCAUAGCACUACUCAUCAGACCUCGAUAUCUGCUGUACGUCCUCGAGCAACAACGUGGCCAGGACCGAGUUAGCAAGAAGGACUCCUUCCACUCAUCCCCCAUGCUGCAGCACCAGGCAUCCACUGAAGACCUGGAGCAACCCACCACACAGCUGGUCUGUGUCCAACUCAGAAUGUUGAGUAUUUUGUCUCGGAGUCUGACGGCGCUGAAACAUUUCACCCCCGACCUGUGCGAAGUCCUCCUGGACCAGAGCAUGGACAUCAGUGAGUUUGACUGUUUCCUGGGCCUGGGGUUCAGCACUCCGUCAGUAGACCAGGAGACACAGCCCACCUUCGGCACCUUCAUCUCCUGUGUGACCACCUGCUACAGGAUACUCAGCAAGCUGGACCCAAGAGGGACGGGGUCGCCACAUCGGUCACCAGAAGCAGCCACAAGUCAGCAUAUACCGAAAAGCCUCGUGCUGUACGUGAUGGAGAACUCGCUGUACAUCAUCAUGUCCCAGGCCUGUCACUACCUCCGCACACCCGGACUCUCGUCACGAGAAAAACAGUUCCUCAAGCGAGAACUUGGAGCUGAACUGAACUCUUUCCUGUCCAGUAUGUUACGGUACAUGCGGCGUGGGGGCGGGGGCCCCACGUCCCCGGGGACACUCCAAGCCAGCCCCCAGAGCGGCUCCAGCAGCACCUCCCAGCUCAGUCGCUCCGUGUCCCAGACAGCAUUCACAAACACACAGGACCAGGCCUUCUUCAAGCUGGUGCACGACUUCGUCAGCAAAGUUCUCAGAUGAGGACCAACUUGUGGACUGUGAACAUGGCAACAAUGUCAAAAUCAAUCACGACUUCGUCAGCUAAGUUCUCAGAUGGGGGCCAACUUGUGGACCGUGAACAUGGCAACAAUGUCAAAAUCAAUCACGACUUCGUCAGCUAAGUUCUCAGAUGGGGGCCAACUUGUGAACAUGGCAACAACGUUAAAAUCAAUCUCGACUUCGUCAGCUAAGUUCUCAGAUGGGUUCCAACUUGUGAACAUGGCAACAACGUUAAAAUCAAUCUCGACUUUGUCAGCAAAGUUCUCAAGUGGGGGCCAAUUUGUGGACAGUGAACACAGCUGGAAGGUUGACAUCCUUCUUGCGUAACUUCCAUGUGGUACAAGAUACAAAAGACAGGUUGGCCGAUAUGGAUUUGCUGACACCUGUACACAAGGAGUCCAGACAACAAUAAAGGGCUGACAGAAUGACGUCGAAAUAUGUAUUAAGUUUAUCAGACAAUUUUCUUUCUUGCAUUUGCAUUUUGGGAAAGAAGCAAAGAUGGAUUGUGAAAAAAACUGAGCAAAGCCAAGAAUAAUGUUUUGUUUGACUCAAGCUGGUUUUAUUAAGUGUAUGAUGAUAAAACAGUUCAAAAUUAGAUCUCAAAAUCAAAACUUUAUGUUGUCCAAGGUUCUGCUAAUUUCUUAUAUUAUCUCCUGUGGGCCUUCAUGAAUCUUUUUCAUACCUUGGCUCAUUUGGAAGCUAUGCAAUGAAACAUUUUAGACUUCAGCGUGGUGAAAUUAUGUGAUGUGUAAAUAUAUGUACAUGUGGACACAAUAAAAUUGUGACAACUC